AUCUAUAAAUAGCCGUUCCUCCACAAAUAUCGAAGAUAUAAUAAUAAUUAAUUACAAAUUUGUCAUUACGGUUCGUCUUUUCUCGUGCUUUAGACUUACGCAAACAUGUCGGACAAGUGUGGCAACUGCGACUGCGCUGACAAGAGUCAGUGCGUGAAGAAGGGAUACGCCGCCGACAUUAUUGAGGCCGAGGACAUCAUCAGCUACACGGAGACCGUGGUGGUGGGCGUCACGGCAGCGGCGGAGCACGACGGCAACUGCAAGUGCGGCAGCAGCUGCGCUUGCACUGACUGCACUUGUGGCCUCUGAACUGCUACUAAUGAAGAG